AUGCCUCGUGCCCCACAGAAAUGGACCCCAGAGGAGGACAAGCUCCUCUGCCGAGAAGUCCACAAUCAAUUAUCUGAAGGCAGAGGAAUGAACCCUAUACUGACACGUGAUUGCGGUAGAUGGACGGUGGUUGCAGAUGUCGUCAAAACACGAAGUGCAGAUCAAUGUGCCAAACGAUGGAAGCAAUGUCUUGACCCGCAACUGGACCGCAGUGAAUGGACAGAACUCGAGAAUCGACGAUUGAUGGAGGCAUGUGCCGUCAAGGGACGACGAUGGAAAGAGAUUCAGAUGGAGCAUUUCCCUACCCGUUCACGAAACUCGAUCAAGAAUCAACACACAAUUCUUACCCGGCGAUAUAACAAACUGAAGAACUUGCGAGAAGCCCAGAAUGCUUCGAGCGUGGGGACUGGACCUGAGGACUCAAGCUUGUCGCCGAGCUCAUGCGAGGACUCGGGAGACACUGUUGACAGUAGUGACGAUGAUAGUGGUCUUGGGAGCGGAAGCACAGAAGGAAAUAGCGGGCUACAUGACCCUCACAUUGCCGAUGAUGAUGUGUCGAUGAGUAUAAAUCCCACAGACGCCUUGCCAUCGACGAAUCAAGGGAUCUCUGGACAUCAUGGCUUUAUACACGGGCCAACAUGGGAUAUGGCUGGCACAUUGUCGGGAGACCCAUGGGGGCUGCCUUCGGUAGGUGAGACGGAUAGUAUGGGAUUAUUCCUUAAUGGUAUGGUGCCAGAACUUCACAGCAUCCCACCGGACAGCUUGCAUGGUUUUGGCUUUGCUGAUGCAACAAGCGGCAAAGACUGCAUUUGCCCAAGUUUGUUAUCACCAACCGAAGAGUUGCCCAGUGACUACAGCCAAGGAGACAAUUUCUGCGACGACCUGAGCGUAUCAGCCAUGGACACGGAAGAGCAAACCCUCGUAUCUUUGCAGGAAAACGUGACUCGUGGGAAACGAUGUGCCAAAAUAGUGUUGACGGUGGAGGAGCCCGAUAAUAAUACGGUCGAGUCACUGGUGCAAAUUGCAUUCUCGAGCAAAUCACGAUUUCAUUUCGCCCGCGAGUGAAGUGAUUCACCCUGCACUAAGUGGGAGUUUUGAGGGUUGCGG